AUGUUUUCUGCUGCCUCCAAUUUCCUGGCUUUCGAUGGGUGGAAAACUCCUCUCCGUCGCUGGAGCUGGGCUGCUGGGGGCUUGUGGCAUCGAGAAGUUGCCUCGGCCCCUCAGUCUCAACGCGCUGACUUCGCCCCGGUGAACAGCAAAGUCGACUUCUACGUGGUGUGGUCUCUGCGCGAGCCGCCCCGGCAGCUGAGUAGCAAUUGUCAUCGGAAAUGCUACCAGACUCGCUUGCCGCUUCCUUUGCCAAAACAGGUUGUGAUCUUCGGAUUGGGUGACUGGAGCCACUAUUCUCAGAAAACUAGCAUUACUGUGGAUGUAUUAAUAAAUCCAGAUAUUAAGCCACAAAGAAUUGGCAAGCUGGGAUCUGAAACCAGAUGUUUGGUUUGGGAAGAUGACUGGAGAGUUGAUAUUCUCAUGGCUUCAUUUAAGCAGGCAGAGAAUGGCAAUCCUAUUAAACUUCUGCUGACUGUUAAGGAAGAGGAUAGAAAUCAGAGUUCCGCAAUGUGCCAUAAAGAACCUGUGCUUGAAAAGAGCUACUCUCCACCCAUGGAAAAGCUGCUGAUGCUACCUGCCCCUACAGAGCUACAGGCUAAGAGGAGAACUUGUCUAUCUAACCUUAUUCAAUUAAAUAAAACCAGAAGGACUCUAUUUGAAGUCUCGGCAACCCAUAGACAAGAUGAAUCUGAAGAUUUGGAGGUUAAAGAGUUGCAAGUGUGUCCAAGUGCUCGAUGGUAUCAUGCUAUGUGCUUGUGUGACAGAGAUACAGCAGUUUUGAUUGGUGGUGAAGGAUCUAAUCAACAAUUCUGCAAAGAUGUUCUCUGGAAACUGGAGAUCGAUAAUGACUUUUGGUUUCCUAUGGAUUUCCCAACACAAAAUUCCAUACCACAGUGUUCCCGAGGUCACAGUGCCACUUAUGACCCAGAUACCAAGCGCAUCUACAUAUUUGGGGGCAUAAAAGAAGGGAGACGCUACAACAGCAUCUAUGUUUUGGAUACAACCUCUUGGAAAUGGCUUCAUGUUUUUGCUAAAGGGAAAGUGCCCACUCUGGCCUUUCACAGUGCAACUGUCUAUCGCAAGGAAUUAUUUGUCUUUGGAGGAGCUUUCCCUAAAAUGAUGUCCUUGGAGAUGGGCGCCUGCAGUAAUGCACUUUUUAUUUUCAACCCCGACUAUGAGAUUUGGUACCAACCUAUUGUGGAGGGGGAGAAGCCUCUGCCAAGGCUUGGGUGAGGCAUCUUGUCUUGAACUCAGAGGACUCUGAAAUAGGCAAGAUUUAUUUCCUUGGUCUUUUUCUCUGCUAAAAAGUGAAGCGGGAUUUUUUUCAUUCACUUUUAUUUUAGCUAGAAGUGAGUGUUUCUUUUUUUAUAUACUGUUGUAUAAUAUUCCUUCAAUAAGUUCAAAAUCACGUGGAGAGCGAGCCUUGGAUAAACCUACCAUUUGAGUUUUUCUACAGAACUCAUUUUCAUAUGCAUUUAUGUACUUAUUCUGAUUUCCUUUCUGUAGCCAUUUUUUUUCUAUCCCACUUAUUAUUGCUUAGCACACAAAGCAGUUAUAUCUCUUAGCAAUAGCAGAAGGAAGUAUUUUAAGUAAGAUCCAUUUAUCAUGAAUGGCAAGACACUGUCACUCAUAAUGGAAAGUUUGUGAUUUCUCUGGUCCCCUUCUCCCCUUCUUUACUGGUGCUUCCAUUUAUAAAUUUAGAAAUGUCAGAAAACCAAAAAUAGGAUCAAUAAUACAGCAAACACCAUUGUGGACUCUUAAAUAUGCUAGUUUUGGAUUAUCCUUCUGAUAGUUUGUGUCCUUGAUUUUUAUUUUAAAUAAACAUUCAAGAAUCAACACAAGUGGAAUAUAAAAUGUUGGCUAGUUGAUGCAUUUCUCCUCUCAAGGUGUCAAAUAAUAAUGUAUGAACAAGUUUUCUACCUAAGUAUGUUUGAUUUUUACGUUCUCUGCCCUUAUCUCAAAGUCAUUCAGCUACUUUGUUGAAGAACAAAUUAGUCAUAUUUGGAGGCCAGAGGACUUCUACAUACCUGAAUGACACACACAUCCUUGAUCUAGGUUUUAUGGAGUAUAAAACAGUUCCAUCUCUCUCUGGACAGCCUUCUCCUCGCAGUUUCCAUGCUGCUAUCCCAAUCUCUGAUCAAAAAAUGUUGAUAAGUGGUGGCUGUAAUGCCAGAGCAGCUUUUCAGGAUGCAUUUAUCUUUCAUUUAGGUAAGUGAUAAAAUUCAACCAUAAAACUGCCCCUUAACCCUAGGAAACAGUUGCCAGGGCUCAUCCUUUUCUUUCCUUUGCAGAUACCUUGAUUUGGACUGCUAUUAAGCAUAGUGAUCUUUGCGCUGUGCCCCGGGCAGGCCACACACUGCUCAAUUUAACUUGUACUAACCUGACAAACACGGAUAAGCAGAAGCAGAGGAAAUACAACCUGUGCACAGUGCUUGUCUUUGGAGGUUCAGACCAUGCCGGCAAGUUCUACAACUGUACAAACAAAUUCCAGCUUGACUUUCAGAACUAAAUAAGUGCCUGCUAAGAGCCUACCUGAACUGUUUUGACUCCAUAACAAGAUCAAGACACAAAAGAACAGAAACAACUGGAUAUCAGAAUAAUAAAAAUGAAUUGAUAACUAUGUUAAAAAGAACAGGGCUGUUGAGGCUGUAUCAGAGAUUGCUUUAAGGUUUGAUUUCUUAGAUCAAUGUUUCUCCAACUUGGCAACUUUUAAAAUACGUGGACUGAGGGCUGAACUUCUGGGAGCUGAAGUUCACACAUAUUAAGGUUACCAAGUCUGAGAAACACCGUCUUAGAUCUUACUCCAGAUUUAAAGUGUGUCACAAAGAUGUCAUUCCCUGCCUUUAUUUUUAACGUGGAUAGGUGUGAGGCAGGUGGGCAGCUUCUCAGUUUGUGGUCAUUAUCUCAGCUAUUUCUUUUUAACCCCUACAACGUUAUGUGUGAUGGCAUAAUGGAAAGCUGAGCAGUUAAUGUCUCAGCUGAAUUCAGUAGCUCCACAUCUUCAUUUUUAGCUUGUUAGCAGUUGAGAUGGCAAAGGAGAGGGAGCACCACCAAAAUAGGUAUUUUGGAGAUGGCUCAGUACUUCCAUGGAAAGAUUGAUCAAUGAUUUUUUAAUAUUGCUCUGAAAUAUGUUGGUUUGGAUUUCCCAAUGUGUUUUUAUACAUAUGGUUUGUUCCUGUUCUCUCCUUCCCCUAACCCAUUUUAUUUAUCUUUUUUCUUCAUGCCUCAGAUGAGUGUUGUUUACAUUUUGCCAAAUCUAAUAAAGCAAGCGUAAGAAUUUGAACUUGAACAUAUAGAUAUUGGCUAUUGAUAAGAAGACAAACAUCUUAUUUUCAAAAUCCUUUUGAAGCUUCUAUAUGCUUUUUGCAGAUCAUAGGAUUUUGUUUGAGGUGCACAGCUCUAAUUAACUCGUUAGAAAUCUGUGUACUUUUUUCUGGGAAAUCUACAAUCCCUGUGAGAAUCAGAAAACUUCCAACUCCUGCCAAUUUAUUGCAUGAACUUCUGUUGUUACUACCAUACUUACUAUACUAAAGGAAAAAGUUAGAAGUUCCCUAACUUUCAAUAUUUCUGAAAUGCUGGUAUAUGCUGACUAAUGAUGGACACUGUAAGGCAAGACCAGGCAACUUAUGGCUCUAAAGCAACUCCAACUGCAUCACCAAAUUUUGCCAAAAAGUAGUGAUACAGUUUGCUGCUGCUUAGAUAACAAAAAAGCUGUUAUGAAAGUUCUUAAAUCAGUUCUUAGUAACACUAAAAAGGACAUACGAAUUGAACAACAUACUAUUACACUAAAAGCUGGCAAACAUUUGACAUGUGACUGUUCUUUUUCAGGCCCAAUCAUUAUUUGCUUGCCGGUAUCUAGACUAUUGCCUUUUCAUGUUCUUUAUCUUUGUAAACGGUCUAAUUAUAGAUCAAUACCGUUGCUAUUUACACAAAGUAACACUGCCUUUUUUGAACUUCACAAGAAACACCCACCAGCUCUUAUCUUUUGAUCUGCUUUAUGACUGCAUUACAAUUGUCACACAUGAUCAAAGGUUUAUUUUACUCCAGCUAUGUACUAUAGAAUUACACUGCCUUUUUUUUCUUCUUCUUUUAGUCUUAGAUUUAUCAGACUCUUCCAGACAAAAUCCUCAAGUUUCCCCCCGCCCAGAAAAUCUUAAAAAGGAGA